AUGCAUGAUUAUGAGGCCUUUACAUCUGACGAAACCAUUCAGGAAAUGUAUUCCAGAUAUACUGUUUAUAUAAAUAAACUCAACGGGCUAGGAAGAACAUUUGAAUCAAAAGACCUAAACAGGAAAAUUCUCAGAUCAUUGCCAAAAGAGUGGUUGCCCAAACGCACUGCUAUUAAGGAAGCAAAGGAUCUGAGAAUGUUGUCUAUACAGGAAUUAAUUGGUUCACUGCUUAGUCAUGAACCCGUCAUAGAACAGGUAGGUAGAGACGAUGAUAAACGUCGGAGGAGUCUAUCUUUUAAAACUCAUUAUAUGGACUUUGAGUAUGAUAUUGAUUCAAAUUCUAAUUUUGAGAAAGAAUUUGCCUUAACUAGCAAGAAGUUUCAUCGUAUGUUAAAAUAUAAGAAUGAACUAAAGAAAAUUAAUUCGAAUAAAGCAAAUUCUUUUGAGCGUGACAAAUUUAUUCAAGAUAGAUUGCCUUAUCAGCAGACCAGAGAAACAAGUGCAGGUUUGCAGAAUAAAGAUCCACAAGCAUGUUACAAAUGCGGAAAGAGUGGACACAUCAGAUCAAACUGCCCCCUGACACUUAAGGCAAAAGAAAGAGUCAUGAUGGCCUCAUGGAGUGACUAUGAAUCUGAGUUAGAGAAUGAGCAUGCCGAUUAA